AUUGAAAUUUUUGUAAUAACAUUUACAUAAUUAUCAAGCUUGCAGGAUUUAUCGUGAAAGGCUCACAAGCCAACAAAGUUAACCGCCAACUUGAACAUCAAUUCACGCAAUUCACUACCAUCCUCAACCUUUCUCAACCUAUCAUUUUUCAAAGUUCCUUUUGCCGAGAAAAAGCUGCAAUGGAUUCUUGCUGUAUGGGCUUAAGAGCCAAUACCCAUGUAGCGAAAGCCACCAAACAAUGUUUCAAGAAUGUAGAGAAUGCGUUUUGGGGAGAAAGGAUCAGAGGUAGCUUAAACAACAGCGGUGGGUUUAAUUGUUUAGCAAAGGGCUUGAAUGCUGAGAAGAGGGAUAAGAAGGUCAAACCUGGUGUUGUUUAUGCUGUGAUUACGUCUAAUAACAAUCUUAGAGAGGUUAUGACGCUAUCACUUCCAACUCCGAGGUUUGGUAGAUGGACAGCAGACCCGAAAAAUGUAGCUGCGAUCAUACUGGGAGGAGGUGCAGGGACUCAGCUCUUUCCUCUUACAAAAACAGCAGCAACACCAGCUGUUCCAGUUGGGGGAUGCUAUAGACUUAUAGACAUCCCUAUGAGUAACUGCAUCAACAGUGGCAUAAACAAGAUUUUUGUGUUGACCCAGUUCAACUCGGCUUCCCUCAAUCGGCAUCUUGCACGGACAUAUUUUGGCAACGGUGUCACCUUUGGUGAUGGAUUUGUGGAGGUCCUAGCAGCCACUCAAACGCCAGGAGAAACAGGAAAGAAUUGGUUCCAAGGAACAGCUGAUGCCGUGAGGCAAUUCAUAUGGGUAUUUGAGGAUGCUAGGAACAGAAACAUUGAGAAUAUUUUGAUCUUGUCCGGUGAUCAUCUUUACCGAAUGAAUUAUAUGGAUUUUUUGCAGAGCCACAUCGACAGAAAUGCUGACAUUACAAUAUCAUGUGUAGCAGUAGGUCCAAGCCGUGCAUCGGAUUAUGGACUGGUGAAGAUAGACAAUAGAGGCCGCAUUGUGCAGUUUGCUGAAAAACCAAGGGGUGCUAAUCUGAAAGCUAUGCAAGCAGAUACCACUGUUUUAGGAUUAUUGCCCCAGGAAGCUAUGAAAUCCCCAUACAUUGCAUCCAUGGGAGUCUAUGUAUUCAAAACAGAUGUCUUGUUAAACCUUUUGAGGUGGAGAUAUCCUACAUCCAAUGACUUUGGUUCUGAGAUCAUUCCUGCAGCUGUGAUGGAAAACAAUGUCCAGGGCUACAUCUUCAGAGACUACUGGGAGGACAUUGGAACAAUAAAGUCUUUUUAUGAAGCUAACUUGGGCUUGACUGAAGAGGUUCCAAAGUUUGAAUUUUAUGAUCCGAAGACUCCUUUCUACACUUCUCCUAGUUUCCUACCACCAACCAAGAUGGAUAAUUGCCGGAUUAAGGAUGCAAUAAUUUCACAUGGAUGUUUCCUGCGAGAAUGCAGUGUUGAACAUUCCAUAGUGGGUGAACGCUCACGUUUAGACUAUGGUGUUGAGCUAAAGGAUUCUGUGAUGAUGGGUGCAGACUAUUACCAAACAGAAUCUGAAAUUGCAUCUCUACUGGCAGAAGGGAAAGUCCCUAUUGGAAUCGGACAGAAUACGAAAAUCAGGAACUCCAUCAUUGACAAAAAUGUAAAGAUAGGAAAAGAUGUGAUCAUCAUGAACAAAGAUGGUGUUGAAGAAGCAGAUAGACCAGAAGUUGGAUUCCACAUUCGAUCAGGAAUCACAGUUAUACUUGAAAAAGCUACAAUAGAAGACGGGACGAUCAUAUAGAUGAAUCUCAUGUACUUCCAUGAGUGGACUGUUUUCUCGUGAACCUGUAAUUUCAGUGGCUACCGAAGAAGCUAUGCAGGUUUCAUCGGCAGCAUUUUGGCCCCAUAAGAAGGAAGCUCCACACUCUAUGUUAACUAGAAGUUGUUAUCCCACACUUGUAAAUUGAGCCUAGGGAAAUAUACAAAUGCCAAAAGUUGUAUAAUAAACCAGAGGACUGUUCAAAAGGCUGCUUCUCUGCUAUGUAAAUACUGGUGGUGUUAUUAUAGCAUGGAACUUGAACUUUGGUGUUCAGUAGUAAUAAAAAAUAAUAAUAGUUGUAAAAACCUUAAUAUUA